AUGACCCCUAUCCAGAGGCAUGCAAUACCAUUGUUACUGUUGAACUCCACCGAGGGGGACUUCACUUCACCCACCACAGUUGGCCUUCUUGACCUGAUGGCAGCUGCACAAACGGGCUCCGGGAAGACUUUGGCUUACCUUCUACCAACUCUCAGCAGGAUGAUGUCAAGUUACCCUUCUGGAGCAAUGACUGCACUGGUAAGAGCGUGGUGGUCCGGUUGAUGACGUGCCUAAUACUCCUGUCACUUCGUCCACUAAAAUCCAUCAGGAAACACUGAUUACUGCAAGGACUCUGUCUUUCCAGGUUCAGCAUCUUUGUAUCUGAGUGCAAAAUAAACCUGCUCUCACCGACUUCAGAAGUCACACUAAUUGUCAAACGCACAUUUCUAGGAAACCCUUUCGAUAUUUGGAGGGUGGGUGGCCGAGGAACCAAGUGAUGCAUACUUGCCGGCGGCUUCGUGCGGGUCUCAUUUCUAACGCUUUAUAACGGAUCAUUUAUAUUCGCUCCACGUUAAAGCCCGGUUCAACAACAAAGGCGGAUAUGGAAGUCUGGAAGUACUAGAUCUCGACCCCAUUGUCAACGCUAAAAUUGCCAUUAGGCAUGGUCACCCAGUCAGAGUCACUCACAAUUGCACUGACGGCUAGGUUGGCCGGGAUUUUGCAUAUCGCCAACGCUCGAGGUGUGCGAAUUGGUAGUCCCGAGUUUUGACAAAUAGUUUUUGUCGACUUACCUAGCCGACGUUGCCUUCAUCUUAGACUACUGGCAGACAGACCCCUGAUUGCUGGAUGUAGCCCAACUUGCCUACUACAUAUGUUUCUAUCGGAAGAAACUGGUUGUUGCAAGGGCUAUGCCAUUUCAGCCUCGUCCUUUUCGUAUAUAAAUGACGAAUAAGCCUGCACUCGCUAACUUCAGAAGUAAUUCCGCUUGUCGAACGCGGAUUUAUAGGAAACCGUUUUGACGUUAGGGGGUGGGUGACCAAAGAAUCAAGGGGUGCAUAUUUGUUGGUAACUUCAAACGAAGCUCAUUUUGGUUAAGUAUCGGCGUUGUGACUUCAUUUGCCAGUUUAAAUCAUUGUUAACUUUUUGUGUCACGCAUCAUGUAUGCCCGCUUCACGUCAAAGCCAGGUUCAGUGCCUUCAGUGCUCGAUAUUUUUUCUCCCUUUAACUCUUGCAUUUUCUUGUCUUUGGGUGUCUUAACAUCUACUGCAGAUAUAAGAUCUCAAGUUGGUAAGGAAAGGGUACCGGUUAAAGACAGCUGGAUUUCUUAAGUGGGAGGGGGUGGUCUAGUCAACAGAAAUUUGAAUAACUGUGGCGCAAGAGACACGAACCUUGACUCAGUCCGAUUUCCUGACUUCCAUUAACUACCCCAAGCAUCUACAGAGAGUGGCAUUUAAACCUUCAGCGACAGCACUGAGACUCAACUAGGGGUUCCAGUGCUUUAUAGAUGGACGGCGGCAUGUCGUUAAGGUCUACGCAUUCACGCCUGCUUCCACUUUUCCAAGGAUUUGGCAACUCCCUAGUUGACUUAUUCCUCACUUAUUCCCUUGUAGGCCGACAGUAACUUUACAAUCCAGUACCCAUCGGCCCUGAUUUUGGCUCCCACUCGCGAACUCGUCAAUCAGAUUCGUUUGGAGGCCAGCAAGGUUUGUUUGCGACUUUAACUCCUCCUCUUCUUUUGCAUAUGUGUUGGUCCUAGCUCAGCAUACAGCAACAGAGUCUAUUUUUUAGAAUUUUAUCUAUUGCUUUUCGCAAAAUAGCAGACGCACAUCAGUCAAUUUCCUCCCCUGACGCCUGUGACAACGAGAGUAGCGUACUUGCUGCCUUUACUGUCCUCUAGUCCGCAGUAAAUGUGGUGCGGUGUGAGUUAGGCGGGAAAGGAGUGCCGACGGGAAAAUUUAACAGAGGUAAGUCCAAUGCGAUCAUGCCUAACCUUUGAGGAAAGUAAGUUUAAGCGGCCUCAGUGGAAGCAUUUGGAAUCUCACAGCGUCCCAACCCUACCAUGUAAUUUUUGUUGCCAAAGCGCUGUGUCGUUACAUUCCUCUGGCAAGAGUUAGCAAAUUACGCAAACCUAGCGUGAACUAGGCGUUCAUUUUGGCGCCUCUAAAUUAAAGGCAUCCAAAAGCCAGUAAUUAUAUCAGAGUUCUCGAGUUUUUCCUACGAAUAGGGCGGACAGCUCCAACUGCCCAGCCAGAUUGAUUAGUCGUACGACUCAAGUCAGGGAGUCUGUGUGGUUCUUCAAGAGAAGUUUCUGUCUACCUCAUUUUCGGAGUAAAAAACUUCGGAGUGGAAAUGCAUUCUGGGGUAUUUUCUACAAGGAGGUUGAAAGGGCGGAAAAUGGCGUGACUAGCAAGUAACAAAUGACUUGCUUGAUCUGCUGCUACUGUAUCUGACGAUUGACUCUUGUAUGAGUUCGAAAGCUCGGGAUAAAAAACAAGGUGGUUGUUUGAAGUGUCAUCAGGCCCAUUCUGGUCGUUCUAGCCCUCGGCAAAAACCAACCGGCGUCCUCUAACUAAUUAUUUCGACUGUGAGUAGAAAGUCUCCUUAUCGCGCUGUUCGGCAGAUCAUGUUGGUGCGUACACGGAGACGAGAGAGAUGUUCGUAAAGCGCCCCUUCAGUCAUUCACAAGUCAUCCGGUCAUGGACCGGUUCCCAUACAAGUAGUGCUUGGUUCGCUUGUCGAGAGUGCGACCGCCACACCGUGUCUAUCAGAGUAGUAGCAUGGACAGCUGUGGUAUAGGGUGAACUGGGAGUUUACUUCCGGCAUAUUUAUUUUUCCAGCGCCUGAGGUGGGGGUUCGGACUUCAGAUAGGCAGCGGAUAUCCACGUUGUACUGAUGAAGACUGCGUGUUGUCAGACUUUAGGCACUAGGGUCCAAGAACGUUUGCACAUUCCAGCAUCCAAUAUCAGGAGUCUAUUCUCGCAUUGGGUAGUCUAGCCCGCAUGCUUCGCGCGCACCACCGGACCCGGGUUAUGGAAUGCGUCUGUUCCCGUGGAUGCCGUAGCAUGGGUCGUGAUACUGUAGUCGCACAUAUUUUCGUGAGGUCUUUUGGGGGUUUCGAGUACGGGGGUCCCUAAAAACCGUCCGAAUCGUUUGCUCGAGGUUGUCUCCCCUAGCGCUUUGGCUCAAGGACUUAACCUCAAGGCAGCUGUGGUAAGCGGUCCACGGUUGUCAUGUCACAGUGUUGUCAUUGGGCUUUUAGGCACUAUAACGCAGUCGGCAUGCCAGACUUUAGAUUUCCGUGUCCUGGCAGCAUUGUCGCUUCUAGUCCGCGACAGUUUAUUCGCCGGACCUGAGAGUCUGUUUAUUUCGCAACUGAUCUUCACUGAAGACCAUUCCAUCCGCCACCUGUGGACACGCCGGGUAACGAGUAGCUAGGCCAUUUGGUAGUCCGUAUUCCCGGACUCAAAUCAGGCGGAAGUCAGUCUAAUCUCUGAGGACAUGUCUGUCCACCACGUUUUCGGAGUAAAAGGCUUUUGAGUGGAAAUCGCCCCUACAAGUGAUCAAAAGAGCGGAAAACUGUGUGAAUGGCAGGUAACAAAUGGCUGCCAGAUCUGCCUUGACGGAAUUCAGCAUCGCUUUUACGCUACCACCUGGUCCACUGCGCGAAUCGCUGACACACUUGCAAAUGAAAUGAUCUUUAACGUUGCAGUUGUUUUAGCCACACUCCACGCUGCCGACUGAAGUCUCUUCGUCAAGUUGACUCAUGCCCUACUUUACUCAUUUCCGAUUUCUUAACUAUUCCCAUUCAUGUUUUUUCCUCCCCCCCACUUGCUGUCGUUAUAGCUCUGCUACAGGACAUACAUCCGCCCCGUCGCCCUCUUCGGCGGGGAGAGGCCAGAUCGUCAAGUAGCCGAAAUUGGGCGUGGUUGUCAUCUAACCAUUGCAACACCUGGCCGUCUGCUAGACUUCCUCGAUCGUGAACUCCUUAACCUGUCUCACUGCAGGCGAGUUUAUGCACCUUCUAAAAUUCCUUGAGUUGCCAAGUCUACUCCUGUUCAUCAAUCCUUUCCAAUCUCCGUCCGAUUACGGUUAAUACUAAUUUACGAUUCCCUCAAAUCCAACCAAUUUUAAAAUAAGAAAAACGACGCUCACGAGCUAAACAAUUUCUUAGGUUAAUUAGUGCACUAAACGGACACCACUGUGCUAUUCACGCCCUCCUCAAUGAGUGCCCCUGUACCAUUGUAUGUGCCUGAUCGCAACCGACAGGACAACGAGCCCCCGUGGCCCAGUGGUUAGGGCGUUGAAAUUCCAACCGACAGGUCGCGGGAUCGAUCCUCGGGGAUUGCGAAGUCUGGGUUUGGGUAUGGCUGGCUGAUGACGACCAAUAAACCAGAAACGGUCAGUAGGGCUUCCCAUGUCUUUGUCGGUAAUGCUCUUCUGCCGAUAUGCUGAAAAUCCUGCGGGAGUCCACUCCAUGGAUUAUUCUGUACCGGCGGCUAGAGUUGCGGUCAAGUGUCACGGUCUACCCCUAGGUCCUACUACCAUUCGGGCUUUUUGACCAGUAAUAUGUGAUGAUGAAUCCUGCGCGAGCUAAGCCAAAGUGAAUAGCAUGUAUCUGCGGUUGUUACACUGUUGAGGCCCUGUCUCAGUCAACUUUCGACUUCUACUUUGCAUUCUUUUUCUCCCCUCGUUUUUAUUCCACCUAUGUAGUUCAAUUGCAAAAUAUUCCAAUGUACCUUUUUUCAGUCAAGGUUGUUAGACGACAGGUUGGCCUACGCCUGAGAAGGCUAAACUACAAGUUGAUCGGUUUUUUACCGGUCAGGCAGUUCAUGAGUACCAUUACUGCUCAAACAGACCUGUUUAUAGGAGCCUUGCUAGCCGGAGUCUUGGCACCAUGACCUCCCCAGCCAGUCAGUGACUCCUAUGCAAGACCUCCGAGUUCCUGUUCGACGUUUAAUUCUGCGUUGACUUCCUACCUUAAACGCGUAGUUAUAACCAACCGCGACGCUGGUAGAAUUUUGGUCAAGAUCUGUCCUCUUAUUCGCGAUAGCCUCUCCUCCAGCUACGCCACCAGAUCAACGGUUUAAGAUACUAUGGGCGGUACGUGGAUGAUCUAUUCGCGAUUGUACCGAAACUGGAUGACAUAAAUCAGGCGUACCCAUCAAUAAAAUUCACUCUGGAAGAAGAACAGUACGGUUCAAAUAAAGAAUAUCAACAGCUCGAUCCUCGCGCACAUGGUAGACGCAGACCACCGUGUAGACGCCAGAGAGGCCUUCAGAGUGAUUUACAAGGUCCCAUCAAGCUAUCCAAAACUGCUAGGGCAGCGCUUGUUGGCUACGGCAGAGGCGGCUGCAAUUAGGCUACGCCGACCGGUCCUAUGCGCAUAGAAGAACUUCGUACAGGUCCCACAGUUACCGUGGGUCAAAGUCACCAAGCCAGCCAUCCGCAUGUAAUUACCUUCGCCGGGACCCACCUUCUCCCGGGCGCUGACUGGAGUUGUGGUGUUUCACUCUCCCCCUCCCCUCUCCAAACCCGAGCUACAGCUUAAUUAUCUACUUGCCCGUAUCUUUUAAUUCAUUACUUCAAUAGCCAUAUAAAUGUACAGGUCUGAAGAGAAUUUAUCGAAAGCAGACGUAUGCUCGCCAAAUUGCCUUUUGAAUCUCCUCUUAUUGUUAAUCCAACCGAAUAAUCUGCCCCCUGACACACUAGUUUUUCUACCCAGGACCCUGAUUAUUGACGAGGCUGACCGUCUGCUGGACAUGGGCUUCGAGCCCCAACUACGAAAAGUUCUUCAGUCUCCGGCCUAUGGGAUGCCGCCUGCCGAAGACAACCAGCGUCAAACUGCCCUCUUCAGUGCCACCUUUCCACGCGAGGUUGCCCUCUUGGCACGCGACUUCCUGCGUGGGCCCAGCUGCAUUUCCCUCAAUGUCAUACCUCAGGAACAGGCGGAAGCUGCCGACGCGUCGACUACGCCUCACCUUAUUGCGCCAGCAUGGGGAGAGGCUGUAAGAAGACCCUCAUCUGAGGAGACCCUGCGUCAACUGAAGGCCUCUGUGCCGCGAGAGAUCGUUCAGACAGUUGAGUGGAUCGAAUCGGACAUCAAGCUGGACAGGUUGAAACGUUUGACCUCCGUCAUCAACCGAAUCACACAGGAGCACUUGGAAGCUGUGGCCGGUGGGGAGGUUUUCCUUUUUCUUGACUUGAUUAUUUUUUCCCUCUAGGGGUUGCGGGUAUUUAUUGUAAGCCACAUAUAUACCUCGUAGAAGGAGCUCGCCGCUGGGAAUCGGAAGGGGUGUAGAGCUCUAAACAACGUCUUGAAGUUAGCUCGUCGUCCACAGUCAUUGCCUGUGGGAAUGCAUUCGAAUGUACAAUUCAGUCCUAGGCCUAGUCGUCAAGUCCCUGUUUACAAUCAGACUGUUUCGCCAUUCUCACUGUUGCAUCCCAUCUUAUCUCGCCCAACUCUAGACCAUUCUACCCUUUCCUGUCUCCGCUUGUAAGAUUUUUCUCCCAUGGGUCGGCUUAUUUCCCAAAAGGGCUAAUUCAAGGGUCUUCGAAUCACGCUGCCUCCUGCAGACAUGAUUGUUUGAGCCAUAGUACCCGUUAAAGCAUUUGAUGGCGGCGGCAGGCGUUUCUAAAUCCGGCCGGGCCCAAGCAAGUUAAUUAGCAGGACGAACCGAUGGGCGAGUGAGUACAUUUACGAUGAACUCACAGGGAGCAUUUGCCAAUGUCAUCGCUGGGGAAUUAGCCAAUUGGUUGGCGGGCACGUGGGCGCCUGUGAUUGGCUGUCUGCACUCAGCUGAGGUCGAAACUGAUGCACAAGUCGUGACCUACAGCCCGCGAAGGGGUAGACAGUUGAGCGAGCGAUGGAAUAACCGGACCAUUUACCGCAUAGGUCGAACAGCUUGGGCUUGUUUUGAGAGAUUUAUCUCCAAACCGCUUAUGCGUUUAGCAAAUCGAACUGAGUAAUUGAAACGUGCAAUCAAGAUUAGCAUGCACAGUGUCUUGUAGAGGCGAUUUUUGCAAGUUACUGCCUCUUGUUACAAUUGUGGGAACAACAAAGGGGCCUAGGACGCCUUGCUUCGGUCUAUGCACAGUUUGUGUAAGUAUGCCAUUUGUAGCGUUGAUUAAACUAACCUCUUCCUUUUUUCCUUUUCAUCCUUCAGCCAAAGCCGAGGCUCCUACAAACAUCACAAGAGUUCUGGUGUUUUGCAAUACUAAACGCGAGGCCGACAUGGUUGAUCAUUAUCUCACCCGUCAAGGUCUUAAGUCCGUAUGUGUACACGGCGGACGGUCACAAAAUCAAAGGACGCAGGGGGUCAGACUCUUCCGCGAAGGUCGUGUCAACAUCCUCGUGGCAACAUCGGUAAACCACUCCCUGAAGCUCAAAUUUCUCAUUUAUUCUGUAUCACACCAGCCCACUCAUGGUCGUGUUUGCAUCUGUGAAGCAUUUCCGGGGCUUUUAUCUAAUACCCCCAACACUGAUAUAACCUCGAUAUUAGUAGAAUUAGGACAGAGAAAAACUUUUCAGAGUAGCAUCGCACCCACAAGGCCAAGAAGUCUUGUUACCUUUUUCUUAAGAAGUGCCCGCUGUCUGUUACCCACAAAGCGAACGCGAGUGGAAUGACCAUUUCUGGCUUAUUUUCUGGGGGAGGGGAUUCGUGAUCUAACUCUUGGCCGCUCAUUAAGCCAGGCGAACACCCAGUUGAGUCAUGAACAUACGCCCGUCGGUGGUGUUUUUUUUAUUUGUUGCUAUGGCGCCGCCUGCGAGAGCUGUGGACUGGCGUUCCAGGACAAGACGAAACGUCCACUUUUUUUCCUUUAAAUAAUAUACAUCUGUAACUGCAAAUCCCAUGUUAUUUUUAGUACGAUUAAGUUUUCUUGGCAAACAAAUGAACCCACUAGCUAAUACCUGUGCUGUUAGUAUGGUUGUCCCGGUACCCUACAAUAUGCUCCUAGCAACCUGUCAGCUGUUGAUGCAUAUUGCGUGGUUACCCGCUGUGACUGAUGGACUUCGCCUCGAAUAUUUAUGCAUAAAAAUCUAGAUCUGCGCCUAUAGACCCAGAAUAUACUGACCUACUCCAAGUUCUAAGUUAAUUUCCGAGGAAAUUAAAAAGCAGCAAAUGAACCCACUACUAAAGAGCACCCAGAUCGACCUCUACCCACAGUUUUUUGCUCUGUCAGAUAGACUGUUUUUCUGCCUGUCAGGUGGCUGCACGCGGCCUGGACUUCCCCAGCGUGAAAGCUGUCAUCAACUACAGCCUUCCACUGGGUCUGGACGACUAUGUGCACAGAAUUGGACGGACUGGACGCAUGGGCAGCUCCGGUCUGGCCGUUACUCUGACCGGUCCGGAUGAGCUGCGUCGCGAGGCCCACUUACAACAGGUAGCCAGAGGUAUCUGCACUCUGGCCAGCCAAGGCAACUCCGCUGUCCCUCUCCCACCGGAAUUCAUCAGUGCCGCGAGAUGGCGCAAGGGCCAGGAACUGGAAGAUGCACCGACCUCUUUCAAUCGGCAGGCACCCUGUUCGCCAGUGCGUCUGAACAGAUUUAGACCUAAGCGGUCCUUUGGCCAGCGGACUUGA